GCUUUCUGCCAAGGAAUCUGGUCAUGGUGUUGCUUCCAGCCCCGUGCGCCCUGAUCCCCUCAUCUCCUCCCCCCCUCCGCUGCACUGACACCAUAGACUUCUUCAUCCAGCCCUCCGCACAUGCCAGAUCCGAUGAGGAGCUUCCUUCUGAAAUGUUUAGCGACCUCGAUGAGCGAUGGAGAUAUUCCCCCCUGCCCGAUGAAAUCGGCGCUAUGGUCGCCCUUUCGUCAGAAAUGAUGGGGUGUCAUGGCGCGCAAUCUACAAGUCUUGUCGACACAUACCUUGAAGAAACGCUGGAGAGAGUCUAUCCUGUCGAUGAUGGAAUGUUGAGUGCCAAUUUGAUGGUCAAUAGCCCUUUUGACGACAUUGCAAACCAUGAAGAUGGGAGCAUCGCUUCAGAUCAUGAACGUAGCAGGAGAGGUAGCAGCCUUUGCCAGACUGAAUUGGGACAGAAUAAUGCAAAUGGUGAAGCUAUGAACAUGCCUUACAGCGAUGAAACUCCAGCGGAUGAGUGCAACUGCUUGAUCAAGUCCAGUCUUGAUGGCUGCUCCGUCGUAUUAGAGAAAGGAAGGAUGAUUUGCUUGGGGCAUCUCUUCAUCGAAAAGGCCUGCAAAAGAGGAGCCAUGGCAUUGCUGAAGCGGGUUUACCACCAAGACGGAGGAAGGGACAGAGCAGCUGAAGAUAGGAGGAUGAUUUACUUGUGCAAAGACGAGCAUUUCCGAGUAGACGGGAUGUUCAUUCCCAUCAAACCUUCAGACCCUGGACAGGUUCCAGACAUGGUAGAC